UAAUUGUCUCACUGUCAACUGUUUUCUUACACGAUAGGCGCGUUGAAAAAGGCCAAACCAGAGAGAAGAAGAGGAGAAAGAAAGAGCGAGGAUCUAGAGAGAAAAUUCAGCUUCAAGGAAGAAGAAGAAGAAAUGUCUAUGUUUGAUUCAUUCAGCAAUGAUGGCGAAACACCUACUCGUGCUUUCAACGACGAUGUCUAUGAUCCUCAACAUGCUUCUCAGAGCUUCGACCAAUCUUACUCAACUGCCGAUGAUGGAACUGAUUAUGUAGCUGCCAACGGUGACUAUGAAGAGUUGAUUGUGGAUCAGAUACCAGUUAACGGUACUGACGUUUUUGGAUUCCGUCCCGAACCCAACGUUGACUACUCUCAGCGAUCUCCGUUCGAUUCAUCUCUUCCGAUUUCCAACGGAAAUGGUAAAUCGUAUGAUAUUGGUGAAGAUCCUGAUGGAUUUUUCUCUUCCGAUGGUCCUGCUUUGCCACCUCCUAGCGGUAUGCAGCCGGAUGAGGGAUUUGCUUUUCGCGAAUGGCGCAGGCAGAAUACUAUCCAGCUUGAGGAGAAGGAAAAGAGGGAGAAAGAGAUGCGCAUUCAGAUUAUCAAAGAAGCAGAAGAAUACAUACUUGGUUUUUAUGAGAAAAGAAAGUUAAACAUAGACACAAACAAGAGUACAAACAGAGAAAGGGAGAAGCUAAACUUGGCUAAUCAAGAGAAGUUCCACAAAGAAGCUGAUAAACAGUACUGGAAAGCUAUAGCUGAUCUAAUUCCUCGCGAGGUUGCCAAAAUUGAAAAGCGAGGGAAGAAGGAGCAAGACAAGACUCCUGGAAUUGUGGUUGUCCAAGGCCCAAAACCGGGGAAACCAACUGAACUCUCGAGAAUGCGUCAAAUUCUGGUGAAGCUGAAACACACUCCCCCAGCUCACAUGAUUCCACCACCACCACCACCUGUUCCGGCCAAAGAUGCCAAAAAUGAAAAGGUUACUGCAAAAAAUCCUACUGAGACGCAGCCGCCACCACCACCACCAACGGCUGAAGCACUGACCACACCUAUCGAUGUUGUUGUUUCAAAUGGUUCAACGCCUGAACAGGAUGUUACUGCUCCAGCCACUUAGUCUAUGUCCUCCUCCUUGAACAGCUCUAUUUCACAUCAUACGAGGCUUUUUAUUUUUCUUUCUGUUUGAUCUUGAGAACCAUGUUUGUUGUCAAUCCAUCUUGGUCUUUUUCAUUAUGAACGAUCAUCUGUUAGCCAUUGAAUUCAUUAUGUUUAUGUAUGCUUAUCUGAACUAAGGUUUCGUGUCAUCAU